UUUCUCUUUCUGUCUUCUUUCUUUCUUCUGCAAUCCGUAACACAGCGCUCACCGUUUUCGGACGAUUCUCGGAUCUCCGCCCUCGGGUUCAGAUCUCGGCCAAACUUCUUCACAGAUCGUGCGUAGAGUUGUUCCUAGGUGAAUAUAUCAAGAUUUCAGAUCUUGAUUCACAAAGGAAAACUGUAGAUCUGAGAAAACGUUCAAGAUCUUACCUGGGUUUUUCCGAUUUCUUGAUGGAAAAUGGGAAUCCGGCCACCCACAUUCUCUUUUCCCUUCCAAGAAAGGCUCCUUGCACAUGGUCUUGACCGGAAUGGACUCCGACGGACUCUUGGGGGUUUCAUUUGGACCCCUAAGUGGUAGGAGGGGCAAACUUACCUAUUUGCCCCUCUCUCAACUUUUCAUCUGGCGAAAGUGGGGCGGAGAGAAUCGACGGCAGCGGCGUACGGCGAAGAGAGAGGGAGGGAAAUCAAUCCGGCUUCUGAUAGAAGUUUUUCUAAGUUCUCUCUGCCAGAUGAACACAACUCUCCAUAAUGGUAUGGAAUCUGCUGCUGAAGAUGAUUCCAUGGGCGACUCAGCAGGGCCAAUGUUUGUUCAACAUACAGAAGCAAUGUUGGACGACAUUGACAGAAUGCAGAAGUUGGAAAUUGAAGAUGUAGAUGAAGAGGUCAUUGAUAUUGACAGCCUUGAUAUGAAGGAUCCACUUUGUGUUGUGGAGUACAUUGAUGACUUGUAUACACACUACAGGGCGGCCGAGGUUUCUGUCUGUGUUCCACCAAAUUACAUGGCCCAACAAGUACAUAUUAAUGACAGGAUGAGAGGGUUUCUCGUUGACUGGCUAAUAAUUGAGUUUAUGAAGGAACUAACAAAGCAUAACAUAAUGAUUGCUUCAAGAUUUAAGCUGAUGGAAGAGACACUGUACCUAACAGUCAGCCUCAUCGAUAGAUUGUUAGCAGUUCAUUCAGUGGCGAAGAAGAAUCUCCGGCUAGUUGGAGUGACAGCCAUGUUUAUAGCCAGCAAGUACGAAGAAGUUUGUUUUCUUGGUAUGGACGAUUUUAUUCAAAUAUCUGAGAAGUCGCCUUCGGGGUAAAAGAAAUUCUAAACAUGGUUAUGUUUUUGUAUUGGAAGAUCAACACUUGCCAAACUAGGAACUUAAGACUCUUACAAGUGUAGGAUCAUUAGGGAUCUCACAAUCCUCCGAGUGUCCUUGUAGGCACACCACCUGGUGUAUGGCUUUGAUACCAUUUGUAACCGCCAAAACAUAACAUUAUCUAUAUUGUCUUAUUUGUCCUGUUAUGUAUUGUCGCCAGUUUGACAGUUUGGCACGUUAUGUAUUGUCGUCAGUUUGGCAGUUUAGCUCGUUAUGUAUUGUCGGCAGUUUGACAGUUUAGCUUGUUAUGUAUUGUCGUCAGUUUCACGAUCUACCCACUUGGGUUCAGCAUCCUGUGUGCUAGCACACCAACUUGUGUCUGACUCAAAUACCAUUUGUAAUAGCCCAAAAACACUUCUAGCAACUUGUGUCUGACUCAAAUACCAUUUAUAAUAGCCCAAAAACACUUCUAGCA